CAGCUGUGUAGCAAAAUAUCUGCGCUGGAAAUGGCAACACAUUUCUAACGUUAGCUCGGACUAUUGGCCGGAUGACAUGUUUUAAGAAUGGACUUUAGUGCUUCUUUAACCUUUCUGGAUCUCCACAAGGCUUGCCUUUCUCUCCGUCUGGCGGUGCUGGUGAAGCGGAACGGGUAAGAAAUGUCAGUCUAGUCUUCGCGCAGACGCCCAAGACAUUGGACACAUCUUCAACAUCUUCAGGCACCUGCGAUGUUUUACCCGUCAGCGUAUUGCAGGAUAUUCAAACGACUGGUGCUCAGAACAGAUUCGGUAUUUCAGUUUAAUAUACUCACAUAGUAGUUAUUUCUGUUUAAAAAAAACAUAUUAAAAAACGAAAGUCCUCGCCAGGUGGGACCUCAUCAGGGAUUCUUGCGUCUGUUUGUCUCGGUGACAGUUGUGAAUUCGAUGGACAUGGUCAUUCGGAGAAAUGUCUGUGAUUUUCAAAUUAAAUCAUCGGAGAUAUUUGUGAGGAUUUACAGAUGUGUUGAGAAAGCACGCUAAACAAAGAACCAAACAGUUUAUUAAUGUAUGACGUUGACAACGAUCUAUGAAGUUGUGAGUAAAGAUCAAGGACGUCGCCACAUCAUCGUUUAUUUCUGAUAUUCUCAAUAAGCGGAAUUCAGUUGUGCACUCUUUAACCAGUUUCUACUAAGAGGAUUCGCUUGUGAAUUAAACAAGUUUCGUGUUUUGUUUAUUGUGUCAGUAAAGGUAUUCUAACAUAGUGAAUUUCAGUGGUAAGCUGUAGGAAUAACUUACAGGUGGACACAGCUUCGAGAUUGCAAGCGUAAAAUGAAAUAAUCGACAAGAUAUGAUACUUGUAAAAAUAUGACAAAACGUUCAGUUCUUGUUUUUCGUAAUUACAUUUAUGUGAAGAUUGCGCAAUUAUAACAUUGUGUGUGUCGCCAUUUUGUAAGACAGUCUGAAACCAAGACGCGAUACCAAUAUAAAUGUUCGGAUAACGCUUUCUUUCUAGCGGACAAACUAACCAAUUGGACACCUGUAAGCAUAAAUCAUUACUCAGUGUAAAGAAUUUACUGACAUUCAUAGUGACAGUGUUGAACUACGUCAUGGGUGACAUGACAACGUUGACGAGUUCCGUCGCGCCUUACGACGACUACUCCCUGCCUCCUUGCGACGACUUCUACAACGACACGCUGCUCUCCGCCAACGACACGAGAUCGACGCGAAACCGCAUGGGCUUCAUCGCCGUCGUCAUGUCAUCGUGUUACGUCAUCAUCUGCGUGGUCGGUCUCCUCGGCAACGGCCUCGUGAUCUACGUGGUGGUGCGCUUCGCCAAGAUGAAGACCGUGACGAACAUGUACAUCCUGAACCUGGCCAUCUCGGACGUGCUGUUCCUCCUGAGUCUGCCCUUCCUGACGACCACCACCUUCCUCCAGUACUGGGUGUUCGACUUCGCCAUGUGCAAGAUCUACCUGGUGCUCUUCUCCAUCAACCUCUUCACCAGUGUCUUCAUGCUGACCGUGAUGAGCGCGGACCGCUACCUGGCCGUCUGCCACCCGAUCCGCUCGCUCAAGUACAGGACGCCCAACGUGGCGCUCAUCAUCUGUCUGUGCAUCUGGUCCGUGUCCUUCUUGGUGAUGCUGCCCAUCAUCCUGUACUCGACCACCGUGGCCAACCCCAAGUACAAAGGCAAGCACACGUGUACGAUAUCGUGGCCCGAGGGACAGCCUAUCCCGGCCGACAAGGCCUUCAUCUGGUACACCUUCAUACUGGGCUUCGCAAUACCGGUGUCCAUGAUAUCUGUGUUCUAUGUUUUCGUCGUUCUGCGCCUGCGUCGCGUGGGCCCGGCCAAGAAGUCGAAGGAGAAGAAGAGGUCGCACCGUCGCGUCACGCGGAUGGUGUUGACGGUGAUCGCCGUGUACGUCAUCUGCUGGCUGCCGUACUGGAUCUUUCAGGUGGACAUCACGUUCAACGCGGACCCGACGUCGCCGCUGCAGUACUGGAAGGUGAACCUGUUCAGCUCGCUCACCGUGCUCACGUUCACCAACAGCAUGCUCAACCCGUUCCUGUACGCCUUUCUCAGUGACAAUUUCAGAAAAAGUUUCCUAAAAGCUUUUAAGUGCGCGUCGCCCGCAGACAUUAACAAGUCGCUGUGCGGAGAGAACAGCCUGUUUCCGCGUAGCAGCCAGAGCUGUGCGAAGAGUGCUGUCACGGCGACCACGGUAGAUGACCGGAUGGAACUGUCCACUUUUGAAACGAACCAAAAUUCAACAAGUCACGUGGUUUGUGAACUCAAUAACCAAUCCUGCCAAGACGAACAGGGAUUAUUAAAGCCGGUAGCACUUUGAGAUAGAGCGUUUUGAACUUCGGGGACGGAUUCGUUUUAAAUUGUACUACUAUGUGCGUGCGCUGUUUUUGGAUGGUGAUUUUUCUCGUGUUUCGUUUCUUUCUUUCUUUCUUUUUUUUUGUCUUUGCUAAACUCUGUCCACAUUGCAGAUGGACAACUAUUGUAAGAAAGAAAGAACUGAUGUAAAAUAAAAUUUGUUUGUAAUGAACGUGGCACAAUAUAGCUUGUAAAUAGUCAAACGGGCGUGUAAAUGCGUAACUUCAUACCAGUCGUGUUGUCUUUAGGCUGGCUCUCCGUGGUAGUCUGAAAACAAAGACAAAAUCGCUGUGACAUAAUACAUAUCAUCAACAUAAAGAAAUAUCGAAAUUCGAGACUCUUUUUACGCUUGAGUUUUAAGUUAUUAAGCUCGAGUCUUGUGAGCUUUGAAUUCUUGAGCAACUAUGCCCUACAAAUAUCCCUCUUAGGGCCCUGUUCCCGUUCUUUGCUUUUUGUGUCGAGUGUAAAAGAUGUUAAAUUUAAUUUAUUAUUUAAGUUUGGUUGUUAACGAGUUGUUUGUGCACGUCUUUUGAUGUUUUGUUUAUUUAUUGAUUUAAAACGUAGCACUCUUUGUCUGUAAAUAUGUUGAUUGCCUUUUUUUUAUUACUUAGUGACUUACUCUGUGGUUUGUUUUUCCAUGUGGUUCAAAUAAAAAGUAUCAUUAGAACAGUAG